AAAAAAUUCUUUAAAGAUCCAGUAAUUACUUCAGACGUUACAUGCAACAGGAUCCUUUCAAAAAUAAUCCACUACAUAAACCCUAGACGAGGUUUUGAUUGUUGGAUUCAGAAAAUCAUCAGAGUUCCAAACAUCUUAGUGCAUACCCCAUCACCUUUUUCAAAUGGGUUCCCAGAUUGUCAACAGCCCUUCCAAGAGUACUGCAUCCACCUACAAAACUUUCUCCCAUAUUGGCGAGGCCGAAGAAGGCACCAAAUGGAUGACACAGGUUCGAAUCUCUCGGAAAUGGAAUGAAUUAGACUUCAUGAAGACUAAUGAAGUCACCAGCCUGGACGUUUUCAUGCUAGACUACAAUGUAAGUAUGCGAAGUAGUUUAUUAUCUUCGAAUUUUCAGACAUUAGGCAUGAUUGGCACCACUGACUAUACAAACAAUGGUUUUAAUUUAUGAUACCAUUUUCAUCGGGGUGAUGAACUGCACGGUGUUGUUCUCAAGAAGCUGAUUUGGAAAUUCGAUCCGUUGUUGCGCAUUGGUGGGAUAUAUUCCCUGAACAAAUUCACUAUCCUUGACGAAAAAAGAUAUUUCGCCCAACACACAAUGAACACCGCCUUUUCUUCAAUUGGGAUACUCAGGUGAAAUAUCUGUGUGGUACUUCAGUCGCAAUUCCUCAUCACAAGUUCACUUUUUCGCAAUUUGAAGAUUUGGAGUCGCAUUCUGCGAAUACGUCCCUUACUGAUGUCAUUGGUGUGCUAAUCAGUUUCACAAAUCUUCAAGACAUGAAGAGACCCAAUGGUUAGCAUUGCAUGAUGCGCGACCUUACUCUCCAAAACCUAAGAUAACUCUACGGGGUGAGGCCACAACUGAGCUAAACCGCAACUUGGACAAUAUGGGAAUAAAAGACACAUCCGUGGUCGUCGUCGUCUCAUCCACUUAUGUUCGGAAAUAUCAGGGUAAGUACUCUUUGUCUUCCACGAAUGCAACUAAGGUCUUCUUCAACCUCGCUAUUCCCGAGGUUCUAGACAUGAGAGAAAGGUCUUGCAGAAUAACACCAGCUCGGGAAAUAACACAUCCCGAUCGAAAUAAGCAACCUGUUGUUGACCUCACUAUGCCAGAUAAUACAAAAACAAUUUCUGAAUUGUUGGAAAGCAAGUGGGAGUCCUCACAACAGGCACUGAACCGAAUCAUUGUCAAAGCAAGUGCAACUAGAGCUUUAACUGCCAAGGGUUGGUACUAUCUGGGAUGCAACAAGUGCACGGCCAAAGUGGUAGGUGAGGAAGGCGACUAUGGAUGCACAGGGUGCGAAAACAAGGUCGAAGAACCUACACCCAGGUAUCUUCUCCAUUUCGAGGUCACAGACGACACAGGUUCUACCCUUUUUGCUGCCCUUGACAGUGAAGUCCAACGAAUGGUCCAUGCAUCAGCCUCUGACAUGGUCAGGCUAGGAGAGGAUGAAGGAGAGCGGAGGGUUGUUGCAGCUUUGAAGAGCUAGUGAAUGUGGAGUUGGACUACCACAUAACUCUUUCUGCCUACAACAAUAAGAAGCAACCUAAUCCAAGCUUCACGGUUACUCGAUUGCCUUACACUGUUAUGCCCCAACCAGCAGCAACUCCCUCAAGCCCAACUCUCACAACCCCCAAAGUUGAAUCUGAUACCGGUGACAAUGAUGAGUCACCUUGCAAAAGGACAAAGUUACAGUCGACCGUGGCAGCCAAAGGGGAAAAUCAAGGUUGUAGAGUCAAACUUGAUUUUUCAGGAGAUUUUUUGACGGGCUCCAACGUGACCAGCAGUGCUGUAGAUUUAGAGUCGAACGUGACAGGCUCCGCUGUUCUUGGCAGUGCUGAAGACUUGGCGUCGAAUGUGUCAGGAUCUAUUGUGCUUAGCAGCGAUGAAGAAGGGGAAGAAAUUGUUGGUGUCAUAGAUGUAUGAUGAGCAGACAAUUUAUGGUUUAUCCUGCUUCUAUAAUAAUGAUUUGUUUUAAAGUUUAACAAUGUUUGAGAGGCUUUUAAAGUUU